GGUCACGCCAAGCGCACUGCAAUGCACGCCCUGUGUCGCGACAAUUCGAGCCAGCCGCGCGUGUGUGUGCGCCCGCCCGUCGCAUGAUUGAGGGAAACGACCAGCCGACUUGAUGGGCCUGGCCUUGCAUCUUAAUUGAGCGCUUUUAAUUCAUCGUUGUCCCAAAUCCAUGUCGGCGCGCGUUUCAACUCGACAAAUGGGCCACGACGCAAAAUGAACGACGCCAACGACGACGACGACGACCAUCACAACAACACCACCAUCGCUCUCAAACAAGCCACCCUGACCACCCCGACAUGGCGUCCCUGAAGCUGUCUUCGCUGCCGUCGCUGAGGCGGCAGAACCUGCUUGCCGAAUUCGCAGGACUGAAGCAGGCCCGCCCCGACGGCGUCUUCGUCAGCUUAACCCCCGGCGAUCCGACCCUGUGGUCGGGCGUCAUGUUUGUUCGCAAAGGACCGUACGCGAACUCGAUCCUGCGCUUCCAGAUCUCGUUCCCCGACACGUAUCCCCGCCUGCCGCCGCUGGUGACCUUCUCGACCGACAUGUUCCACCCCCUCAUCGCGCCCCUGACCACAUACAUGUACACCACCGACAUCCACGACAACGGUACCGUCAGCGCCACCGAUGACGAGCGCCUGCCCCCGGGCGGCUUCAGUCUGCGCCACGGCUUCCCCGCCUGGUUCGGCAGGGGCAGCUCCCGGACCAGGAGCGCCAACAGCAACGCCAACAGCGUGCAGCAGACGCCCCCGAGGCCGUCCAAUCACAGCAAUACUGAUAACAACAGUGGCGGCAGCCAGGGUGCCGACGUCACUCCCGCGCCGUCCUCCAAGGUCUCGUCCGUCGGCGGCCCACACACCUACCUGCGCACGACGGCGGCCAGGGGCGAGGACGUGUCCACGUACGACGUGCUCCGCUACAUUUCCAGCACCUUUGACGACGAGGACGUGCUCGACUCGAUCCCGCUCGAGGCCGCCGGGAACCCGGGCGCCUGGCACGCCUGGAGGACGCGCCAACAGCAGAAGCAGCCGCCGCCGCCGCCGCCGACGGCCCCCUCGAUCGAUGGUGUCGCGGCCGGCGAUGGGGCUGCCGUGCCGGAUGCCCCGGAAUCGGUGGCGCCUUCCGAGGACGGCAACGCCAGCACAGCCGGGACGACGGCCGGUGGUAGCAGCGUCGGCGCCGCCACGCCCGCCGCACCCCGCAAGCCUGGCGAGUGGAACUGGGACGGCGUGUGGGAGGACAGGGUCGACAGGCUCAUCGCGGCCAGCCUGUCGGAGCAGGCGCUUUUUGGAAGCGCCGUGGCCGACGAAGUGAUCCGGUUUGCGAACAUGGAGAGGGGCGAUGUCGGUCUUAUUCAGGAGAAUCUAAUCAGGACUCUAGGGCCACCUAUGUGAGGCCUUGAUUUAUUUUGUUCAUUGUGGGGUGAAUGCACCUUCCCCCUGAGCAGCAUGUGUUAUCUGGGAGGUACGAAUCACCUUUUGAACUACCUCUGGUUGGAAGGCACGCAUGUCUCCCUCGGAAUUGCACCUGCCACCACCGAUGCGUGGAUUUCUGGGCACCUCGAAGGCGCCUCCUUGGGCUGGGAGGCAGUUUCCCUCGCCGUUGCAUGGCGAAAUCUAGCUACGUUUUUGUAUUUUUGUUUUUGUUUCUCUUUCCUUUCCUCGUGUCUAGAAUAGUUCGCUUUAGACUGGCAGCCACCAAUACCCCCAAAUGCUUUAUUCAUCUUGAUUUCGAUCCCAUCAUUUGAGGUCGAC